AUGCUUGAGGUGGCAGCAGCUCAAGACCUGGAGGAGACGUUGUCCGACGUCGAAGCUUCUGUUGGUGAUCUGAUCAGCGCGAAGGAGUUUGAGGAGAUGGCUGCAAUUACCUUUGAGUUUGGGGAGUCGACAGUGAGGACGGAGGAUAUCGCUGACAUGGUUGAAGCGCGGUUUUUCAAGGAUGGCCGCGCGAAGGCUCCUCCUGCGGGUCAGACGGUGCCUGCGCCUGAAGAGGGUUAUGCUGUUGUAUUCAGGGAUUUUUUUACCUGCGGACUUCGGAUGCCUCCGUACCAUUUCCUUCGCGAGGUGAUGGAGAGCUUCAACGUUGAGCUACAGCAUUUCAGCCCCAAUGGGAUACUGACCCUUAGCAAGUUUUCAUGGGAGUUGAAGCCUGUCUCGAAGGUUGAUCCUUCGAAACCGGUGUCGGAGGAGCAGCUUGAGGCGCGAUUGGCCUGCGACAAGGCCUUUGCGCUGGCUUGCCGAUACUCCGGAGGUCGGGACCUGGUCGAGGAGAUGGUUGCAGCCGACUACUGGCCCCUUGGCCGCAGGACUGACGAGUUCACCAUUGAAAUGGUGCAAGUACCGGUCUUUGGUCCUCCGGAGGGGUUGCCGUUUUCUCGAUUUGGCGCGGGUUUGCCGGAGGAUGAGACGAAGGAAUCUUUUCUUGACCGCGUGGAGGUUUCUGCUCGGAGGAUCGUUGGAAAGAUCUCAGAGAAGGAAUACCUCCAGCGGAAGUCCGCACUUGGGACUAUGCCGCGUUUCAAUCGCGUUUUUGAAGAGUUGGGGAUCGAGUAUGAGGAUUAUGCCGUUCCUCCGGAGGUUCUGCUUGGCCUGGAGAAGAAGAAGGAUUCAUCCAAGGCCGUUGCCGCGGCGGAGGCUAAGAAAAGAAAGGGUUGUGGUGCUGUUAAGCAACUUGCGAAGAAGCGCAAGGCGGAGGUUGUGCUGGAGACUCCUUUGGAGUCUUCCUCUGCCCGCUCUUCUGCUGCCGAGUCUAACUCGGUGGCUUCUGUUCCUGCGGAGGUUGCUCCUGCUGGUGGAGUUCCUGAGGUUGAAGCCUCACGCGCGGUCUCUUCUGUACGCGCGCCUUUCGCGUCCCUUCUUGGGGAGGAGUCUUCCGACGCGGAGGUCCCUGAGGCGAGUCCUGCGCGGGAGGCAAAUCCUGUGGUGGCUGAGAGUCCUGCGCGGGAGGCUUUGGCUGGAGGAGGAUCUCCGCCGAAGGGUGGGCAAGAGGAAUCCAGUGAUGAGGCAGAGUCUGUCUCUAUUCGAAGGAUAAAGAGGGUGGAGGCUCCACCGCGUGCGGCUGGAGAUGGUAUAAACUCGUUGUACAUGGAGGAUGUUUUUGCUGGGCUGGCUACCGCGGAGGAGUUAGCUAAAGGCGCCAGCGUUGCGCAGGAAGGACUUGCUGUUCCUCCGCGGCGUGAGCCCGCGCCUUCUGCGUUGGCAAGUAGGCCUUCGCCUGCUGAUGUUAUUGGUCCCGGUGCUUCUGAUCCUUCGAUCACAGGUUGGACUGAUGCCUUGCGCGAGGUUCAUUCCUUGGUCGGAGGUUCGUUGUCUGGCCUCCGCCAAAGGUUUUUUGUUUCUUACGAUGUUUUUUCUUACUUGUUUUUGCUUUACAGAUCGUUUUCGUCAGAAGCUCCACGGCAUGGACUUUGA